ACACAAAUGAAUAACUACACUACCGCUAAACACCGGGCUUCAACCUUCCUGGGAAGAGGCCGGCUACCUUCUUCUGCAACGCUUUUACGGUGAAUUUUGAUCCGAAGAAUCAUGAACAUCACCGCUUCCGAGUAUCUAUCGCUUGAUUCAGUUGAAUACGACCCAAUUGCGCACUUGAACAUCCUCUUCUCGCACCCGUCCACCGUAUCCUCGGUUGCGCGCGUCUCGUCGACCAUCCAACGACACAAAGAUGAGCUCUCCCGAUCCAUCACGGCCCUUGAGACGGCUCAGGCCUACGGGCCAGACUCGUCGCUGGAACGCAUGCAGUCGGCCCGGACCGAGCUGGCCUCUCUCUUCCAGCGCAUUGAGAGCGUGCGCAGCCGCGCUCUGCAGACGGAGCGCGACAUCACCACAAUGACGGCCGACAUCAAGCGCCUCGACAGCACCAAGCGCAACCUGACGCUGAGCAUGACCGCCCUGAAGCGUCUGCAGAUGCUCACGACAGCCUAUGAACAGCUCCGCGCCUUAUCUCGAACCCGGCAGUACCGCGAAUGCGCCGGCCUCCUGCAAGCCGUGCUGCAGUUGAUGCGCCACUUCAACGGCUACCGCAGUAUUGAGCAGAUCGCCGUCUUGAGCCGCAACGUCAACGAGCUGCAGCGCGAGCUGCUCGAGCAGGUGUGCGAGGAUUUUGAGAUAGCCUUUGCCAAGAGUGAGGUUGCUGGUCGCCGUGCUGUCUUGGCGGAGGCCUGCCUCGUCGCCGACGCUCUAGGGGAGCAUGCCAAGAUGAGGUUGGUGACGUGGUAUGUCAACACUAUGCUGCGAGAAUACCGCCAGGUGUUUCGCGGGAAUGACGAGGCAGGCAGUUUGGAUAACAUUGGUCGUCGAUAUGCAUGGUUUAAGCGUGCGCUCAAGACGCACGAGGAGGAGCAUGCCAUGAUCUUCCCGCCUCAUUGGCGUGUUGGUGAGACGGUGGCCAUGGCCUUUUGCGACGGCACGCGGGACGAUUUCAAAGCGAUUCUGGAGAGGAGCAUGCGCAGGGUCGACGGCAACAAGGUCGACGUGAACCUGCUACUCAGCUGUCUGCAGGAGACAAUGGACUUUGAGCAGAGCCUAGAGCGUCGGUUUGCGAGUGAGCCCCGGGCCAGCAUCGACACUCUCAGCUCUGCAGAUGACCGAAUGCAGAAUUUCAACGGCUCCAUAUCAGUUGCCUUCGAGCCGUACCUAAGCCUGUGGGUCGAGUCACAGGACAAAGCCCUGGCCUCCCUGAUCCCCAGGUACAAGGCGCAGCCACUUAUACCGGCCGACGAGGAGUUCUCGCCGCAGGCCGUCAUCCCGUCUGCGAUUGAGCUGUUUCACUUUUACAGGCUUACCCUCUCUCAAUGCGCUAAGCUCUCUACUGGUGAACGGCUGCUCGAUCUUGCAGGAGUACUAGCAAAAUACUUGGACGAAUACGCCCAACAGGUUCUCCUUGCUUUCCUUCAACAGGGUGGACCCAAAGGGACCCCAAUUCAGAACAUUGUCCUAGUCCUCAACACGGCCGAUUUUUGGCACACCAACACGAACCAACUCGAAGAAAACAUCAAGAAGCGUAUUGAUCCGGACAUGGGGUCAAGAGUUGAUCUCACAUCCCAAUCCGACGCCUUCAUGGGUGUCGCUAGCGCCGCCGUCAUGGCCUUGGUAUCCAAAGUCGAGGCCGACUGCGAAGGCGCCUGGCGCGAGAUGAAAAACACCAACUGGAGCCGCAUGGAGACCGUCAGCGACCACAGCUCCUAUGUCAGCGAGCUGCUCAAACACAUCAACGGCAAAACUGGAGAGAUCCUCCCGCUGGUGGUCAAACCUCAAUACGCCCGCGCGUUCUGCGACAACCUGGUGGAGCGCCUCGCCACGACUUACAUCAACACCAUCGUCCAGUGCCGCCCGGUAGGUGAGGUGGGCGCCGAGCAGAUGCUUCUCGACAAAUACGUCCUAACGAAAUCCCUCGAGAACCUCCCAUCAAAUCAGCAUCAAAACCAAAGCCAGCCCGCACCUCCGGUUCCGGCCGGCUUCAUCAAACGGGUCAACCAGUCCAUGACGCGCAUCGACCCCCUACUCAAGACGCUGCAAGUCCGGCCCUCACCUCCCGAGGGACUGGUCCAAGCAUAUCUGAUCCACAUCGGCGACCGCUCCGAUACCAACUUUCGCAAGAUCCUAGAGCUCAAGGGAAUCCGCAAACAGGACCAGUCCCAUCUCAUGGAACUGUUUGCCAUCCACCGGGACGGGUUCAGCUCGGUAGCCGGGAGGCAGCAGCUUGUUCAGAACUCCCCGCUGCUGACCCCGCUGAUGGCUCCAGGCCAUGCUUUGGCGGGUAGCAGCGGUAUUGGUGCGGUGGGGGGCGUCGGCAGCAUUGCGGCGGCGGCGACGGCGGGUAGCGCGAGUGCGGGCAGCAGGUUCGAUGCCGCUUCGCUGGGCGAGAGGCUGCUCACUGCGGCCAGGGACGGUGUGGAGAGAAUGGGCACCUCGGCGGCCGGGGCUGCUGCUAGCACCGGCUUGCAGGGAGCGGGUGGACUGGGCGCUGUGCAGGGCUCUGCAAGCGCGGAAAAGGCGACCAUUAAUGAGAAUCUGAAGAAUAUUGGUAAGUUUUUCAGGAGGGAUAUUGGGGGGUUGGGGGCGAGGUUUGGGAAAAGGGAUAUCACGCCCACCGGGGGGGUUGAUGGGUGACUGGGCGAGUAAGGUACCUGCCAAGUUCACCGAGACUAUGGGUGCUGCAUAGCUAUGGGUGCUGCAUAGCUAUGGGUGCUGCAUAGCAAAGUGCCUAAGGUACUGAGCUACCUAAUAUACAUGUGUAG